CUAGCUCUUAUAAAAUACCCAACAUGUCUGAAUUUGGUAUAUUUACUUCCAUUCCCAGAUUUGAAAGCAAACUCAAACGACAAUGAGUAGUCAAACAUGUCUCCUCUUGAUCCUGGCAAUCCUCACCAACCUCUCCGCCUCCGUAACAGCCCAAAACUACGGCUGCUUCGGCGGCAAUUACACCGCCAACGGCACAUACAGCACCAAUCUCAUCUCCCUCAUUUCAUCCCUCGCACCAAACAUCACCGACAACGCUUACUACAACGCCACUUCCGGCCAAGCCCCGGACCAAGUCUACGCCAGCGCACUCUGCCGAACCGACUUCCAGCUGGAGGAAUGCCGCAGCUGCCUCCGAGGAGCCAUCGCCCCGCUUCUCCAGUCGCUCUGCCCCAACCGGAGACAGGGGAUCUUCUUCCGUCAAGCGUGCACUCUGCGCUACUCCGACGUGCCCAUAUCCGGCGGCGCGGGAGCUCAGUCAUACAGUGUCCGCUCCAGGGGCGUCCAGAACUUGAGCAGCCCCGAGCAGUUCAACCAGCAGCUGAGGGUGCUGCUCAGGGAGCUUCGCGCCCAGGCGGCUGCGGGAGGGCCGCUGAUGAAGAUCGCGGCGGGGAAUGGGACGGCGCCGGAUUUUCAGACGAUGUUUGCGAUGGUGCAGUGCGUGCCGGAUCUGUCGGCGGCGGGAUGCGCCGAUUGCUUGAUCAGGUCGGAGCAAAUGAUCUGUUGUGAUAACAGGUCACGGAUUGUUGUGUAUAUGCCAGGCUGUUAUCUUGAAUAUACUAUCUAUCCCUUUUAUAAUAUUAGUCGGAUCGAGCAAGUUCGAGCGAUGAUAGCAGCGCCCCUGUCUCCUCCGGUGCAGGCUCCAGCGACACGGUCAUCGCCAGGCAACGACGAUGGUAAUAGCACUCGAACAGUGAUCAUUAUUCUUGUUCCAAUUGUUGCGUCUCUGCUUAUUGCUGCUUGUGUUGGCACUUAUGUCAGAAAGAGAUUGAAGAAGAAAACAGAGCACAUCACAUUACAAAGAUUAGAUGAGGAGGAGUAUGUAAGUGCAGAAGAGUCCCUUAUUUUCGAUUUUGAAGAGCUUCUAACUGCCACCAACAAUUUCUCCGAUAGUCAUAAAAUUGGACAAGGUGGAUUUGGUGCAGUUUAUAAGGGAAAACUUCGGAAAGGCCAACAAAUUGCAGUCAAAAGGUUAUCAAGAAACUCAGAGCAAGGAGAAUUGGAGUUCAAGAAUGAAGUGGUGUUGAUGGUCAAGCUUCAGCACAAAAAUUUAGUAAGGUUGUUGGGAUUCUCACUACGAGGACCGGAGAGGCUUCUCGUAUAUGAAUUUGUUCAUAAUGGGAGCCUAGAUUGCUCUGUUUUUGAUCCGAUGAAGCGUUUGGCUAUUAACUGGGACGUCCGAUACACGAUCAUAAAGGGCAUCGCCAAGGGACUUGUUUAUCUGCACGAAGACUCUCGUCUUCGUGUAAUUCAUCGUGAUCUUAAAGCGAGCAACGUACUCCUAGAUGAAGAUAACAACCCUAAAAUCUCAGAUUUCGGUAUGGCAAGAUUGUUCACACAGGAUGAAACACGAGCCAAUACACGCAGAAUAGUUGGAACCUACGGGUACAUGGCACCAGAAUAUGCACGAAACGGGCAUUUUUCGAUGAAGUCAGACGUGUUUAGCUUUGGAGUGCUGGUGUUGGAGAUUAUCAGCGGACAGAGUAACAACUCUUUCAAGAAUGUGGAGAAUGGAGAGAAUGUAGAAUACAUGCUUAGCUUUGCUUGGAGAAAUUGGCGUGCGGGGACAGCGAAGAAGAUGAUUGAUCCGGCAUUGAUGUCUGCUUCGGCCUCUCGGAAUGAUAUGCUGAGAUGCAUUCAUAUCGGUUUGUUGUGUGUUCAAGAAAAUGCAAAGGUUCGGCCAACGAUGGCUUCGGUUGUGGUGAUGCUUAAUAGCUUGUCUUCCACUUUCCCGGUGCCUUUGCAGCCCGGGUUUUUCGUGCCUAGUAGCAACGAUGAGAUCAGAGCAACUGAGUUUUCCAGAAAUGAAGCAACGAUCAGUGAUUUGUAUCCGCGUUAAAUUGUAAACACAAAGUAAUUUUGUUUCUUCAUUCAUUUCUUGUACUGUUUUAUUGAUAUAUAGUAAAAUUUGUGA